AUGAAACAAAGACCAACACCUCAAAUUCACGAUUUAUUGAAUUCACCUCCACUAACAAUAAAACCCCUCAGAAAAAGCAAUAAAUCCCUUGAUGAAGAUGAGAGGUUGUAUCAUAGUUAUUCCGAUAGAAAAUUAAGACAAAGCAUCGGAAAGACAAUGGUUGAACUCAGCAGCCAGAGCAGGGAUGUUUCUUCAAGUACCCAAAAAAGACCAUCAUCUGCAAUGAGUGCAAGCAUUGUAUCACUUCAAGGACCUACACUUGCAUCAACAGGACAAUUCAUAAUGACUGAUUCUGUUCAGUCAACUAAGGGUUAUAAAUCCCAAGAGGAAGCCAAAAUGGAAGAUGAAUAUAUCAAGAACUUACAAAAACAAAUAGGUUUACUUUCUACAGAGCUUCAGUUGCAAAGAAAGAUGAAUGAUGAAACUGAGAAAAAGCUUCAUGAAAAAACUGAACCAAUUGAGGAUCCAAUUCUUACUAUUAAGAAAAAGUUUGCUGAGAAGGAUGAAAAUUAUAAUCAAUUCAUUGAAAAAUUCAAACAAGAAAUUGCUGAUAGAGAAUCAAAGGUUUGUUUAAUAGAAAUUGCUUCUUAA